CGACUGGAGCUGGAAAGGGAUUUAUCGCUUCUUUCGGAAGAGUGUAGCCCUCACCUCGCCUCCUCCUGCAGUUGUCGAAAAAUACAACUACACAUGCGACCUGUCCGCGUUUGAAAACACGACGCCAAUCCACGCCAGCCUCCCGCACUUCUUGUGGGGAGACCACUAUGUCGUAUGAGAUGCUUGGAAGGAGAUGGGCAUCCAGGUGGCUGAGGAAUGCGCCAAUGGGAACAAGGAAGGCCUGUGCUGGAUUCCGAUUUCCCAGCACCCUGUCACAGCAAGACGGUCUUACUCGGAUAUUGGCCAUUACGCUGAUGUGGUGGACAGCAGGCCCAAUUAUCACCUUCUGGUCAAGCAUCAGGUUGCCCGCGAGCUGUAUCCGGAGGGUGAUACGAAGUCCGGGCCGUCAACUGUGGAAGUGCGGCCCCUCGAUGGUAGCCCCCUCUUCAACGUCUCGGUGAAGAAUGAAGUGAUUCUCUCGGCUGGUGUGUUCGGGACACCGGCAAUCCUGCAGAGGAGCGGCGUUGGGCCGGCUCCCUUCUUGCGCAGCGCAAAGAUCCCGUUGGUCCUCGACCUGCCGCGUGUUGGCUCCAAUUUGCACGAUCACUCCGGCCCUGUGGUUAUUUGGAACUGUAAGUGACUGCAGCUCUGAAUCAAUCACCACCGUGAAAA